UUAUACAAUCAAUUUUAUUUUGUUUUGUUAAAUUUGCAGGAUAUAGUGAUAUGGACAAAGAAGUCAGUGAAAUGGCCUCACUUAGAGUUAGGCAUCGAGUCCAGACACAACAUAUAGUUCAAGUGAACGGUUGCCUAUCAUCCUUUCAAAAGGAACGUUUAAAGUCAACACCUUUCAAGUGGUUGGUGGAUAUGGUUGAUGAUAUGGUUAUUUCUAGCCCUAUUCUUAUAGAGUUAAUCAGUAGGUGGGACGUGGUUCAUAAGGCGUUUAGGAUUAGGGAGAAUUUAGUGCCUUUUAGAGUUGAUGAAGUUUGUUUUUUUUUAGGUUUACCUAAUGUUGGUGAGAGUGUUAAUUUAGAGAAUGAUGUCGGUGGCAUUGUCAAUGACUUGUUUAAGGAUGAGGACAUCACAAUUUUAAGUAUAAUGGAAAAGAUGAAGCAUAAGACAUUUAAAUCCAAAAGAAGUGUUGACAUGUUUUGCAGGUUGUAUAUUUUGUUAGGUUUUGGAGCAUUUUAUUUUCCUAGGAAUAGUAAUGUGAUAAACAGUGUCCCUUUUAGUAAACUAGAUAACAUUAAUGAUCUAAAUAUAUACAAUUGGGGUGAUGCUGUACAUGGUUUGAUAGUAAGUAGUUUGAAUCGGGCAUGCAAUAAAUACAAUAGCAGAUCUUACCACGAAGUUAUACACAUGGCUGGGUGUGCAACAGUUUUGCAGAUAUUGUGGGAAUGCAACUUGUCUGAAGAGCAAUUACAAAAUGAUGAAAUGAAGGAAUCACAAACUUAUGGUGGGAAAAGUAAUCCUGAGUCAAACGAUGAGAACGUAGAGUUUGCUAGACUUGUGGAAGAGCAGAGAGUAUUGAGGAGAAGAGUUGACAAGCAUGCAGAACGGCUUGAUGAGUUACAAAUGAAAAUAAGACGUCUUGAAGAACAAGUACAGAAUGAAAUGCCAUCUUUUAAUGAUGGUAUGGAGGGACCAUCCACAGUUGACAAAAUGAAUGAUUUAGCUAUUGUCAAUUUUGUGGAUGUGGGAAUAGAGGGAGCUUCCAGACAGGACAACAUUGAUUUUAGAAGUGUUUACACCACCUGCACUUCAUCACUUUGUAAUGAUGCUGAUGUGUAA